AUGAUGGUGCUGCAGACGGCGUCGGCGUCGGUGGCGUCGCCCUCCUCCUCGCUGCCUGUCGCAGGUAGCGACAAGGUCGGCCACGGUCUCGCGUACUUUCUGCUGACACUGUGGUGGGCGCAGUUGGUACACCGACGGGCCGUGCCGACGCUCCUGCUCGCGUUCGCCCUGCUCGGCGUCGCGAUCGAGUUUCUGCAAGGCGCCUCGGGCUGGCGCACCUUUGACGUCAACGACAUGCUCGCCAACGGGCUCGGCGCGCUCUGCGGCGGCGGCCUUGCACUCGCCGCGCCCAACGCCUUGGCUGAGCUCGAGCGCUUCGUGUAUUACGACAAGCAAGACCGAAGACGUCCAGGGUACUAA